AUGCGCAUCUUCGGGAGUCUAAGGGCCGCCAUCACCAUCGGCCUCGCCACAAUAACAGCGGCCUCAUCACACGCCCGCCCGCCGCUGAGAAGCAUUGCGCUUGCCAAGAAUGCCGACAUCCUCACACAAACACACCGCGUCACCGCCAUAUCGACCUUCGACCUCGCUUUCGACGUGUCCGGGCAGCGCAUCCGCCUCAGCCUCGAGCCCAACCACGACCUCUUUGUAGACGGCGGGCAAAUAACACACCUCCACGCCGACGGCUCCAUAGCACGCCAAGAGCCGAUAGAGCGGUUACAACACAAAGUCUACAAGGGCACAGCAUGGAUGAAGAGGGGAAACCGUUGGGACAAUGUUGGCUGGGCCCGGAUAGGGAUACGCAAGGACGGGCUGGAACCGCUGUUUGAGGGCACUUUCACCGUGAACCACGACCACCACCAUGUCAAGACGGCAUCGAGUUACAAGUCGACGCGACAGGCCGAAGACCCGGAUGUUGAUCUGCGCGACAAGGAGUACAUGGUUGUCUUCCGCGAUUCGGACAUGGGCAAAUUCGACGAGCACACGGAGCUGAGGAAGAGAGGAGACAACGUCGGAUGUCCAUCUGACGACCUUAUCUUCAACACGCAGGAGGACCACCCAGUGUAUGCCAGUAUGCGCGCCCGAGACGAAUCCUCCGCCAUGUCGCCAUCCCUCAUCUCAGCCAUGUUCAAGCGCCAGGACGACCUUCAGCCCGGAGGCAACGGCGCAGGUGUCGACCUUUCCUCCACCAUUGGCAGCACUGUCGGAUGCCCCGGUACCCGCAAGGUCGCGCUCGUGGGUGUGGCCGCUGACUGUACAUAUGUCAGUUCCUUCAAUGGAGACAAGAACAGGACGCAGACAAACAUCAUAGACGCCAUGAACCAGGCUUCCGAACUGUUCGAGAGCACAUUCAACAUCUCCCUCGGUCUGGCUAAUGUGCUCAUCACCGAGCCCGAGUGCCCGACAUCGCAGCAGCAAGCGACACCCUGGAAUCAAGGCUGCAACAGCCAAAUUACUAUCCAAGACCGUCUGAACCAAUUCUCCCAGUGGAGAGGACAGCAAGACGACACCUUCUCCCACUGGACUCUGCUCUCCACCUGCAACACCGGAUCUGCUGUCGGACUGGCGUGGCUUGGACAGGCUUGUACAACAGGCUCCCAGGGUAACAGUGGGAACUCUGGCGAGACUGUCGCUGGUGCCAACGUUGUCAUCAAGACAGGCACUGAGUGGCAAGUUAUUGCCCACGAAACAGGUCACACCUACGGCGCAGUGCACGACUGCACCUCCGACUCUUGUGGAAACAGCGAUGUGGUCAGCGCACAACAAUGCUGCCCCCUUAGCCAAACCUCCUGUGAUGCCAAUGGCGGCUUCAUUAUGAACCCUUCCACAUCUCCCGGCAUUUCACGCUUCUCCGCCUGUUCUAUCGGCAACAUCUGCUCUGCGCUCGGACGCAACAGUGUCAAAUCUCAGUGUCUCACCAAUAACCGUGACGUCACUCUUCUCACCGGCCAAAGAUGCGGUAACGGUAUCGUUGAAGGGGACGAGGAGUGCGAUUGCGGUGGCACCUCAGGCUGUGAGGGCAACUCAUGCUGCGAUCCCGAGACCUGCCGGUUCAUCAACAACGCCGUUUGCGACGAUUCCAAUGAGGACUGCUGCCGCGACUGCCAGUUCGCUUCCGCAACCACUGUCUGCCGUAAUUCCGUUGGCGAGUGUGACCCCCAAGAAACUUGUACUGGAACCUCACCAUACUGUCCUGAAGAUCAGACCAGGGACGAUGGUUCAAGCUGCGGCAACGGCCUCAGCUGUGCCUCCGGACAGUGCACGAGCAGAGACAUGCAGUGCAAAACCAUCAUGGGUAGUUACACGCAGAGCAACGACACAUAUGCUUGCGACAACAGCAACUGCAUGCUCAGCUGUGCAAGCCCAGAGUUUGGAGCAAGGUGCUAUGGACUUCAGCAGAAUUUUCUUGAUGGAACAAGCUGUACCGGUGGGGGUAGAUGCAGUAACGGUGUCUGCGAAGGCGGCUCCGUUGGCCGAGAAAUUACCACAUGGAUCGACCGCCAUCUCUCUGUUGUCAUCGGCGUCGCCGCGGGAGUCGGUGGCGCCCUCCUCCUCUGCAUCUUCUGCUGCUGCUGGCGCUCCUACCGUCGUCGUUCAAAACUCAAGAAAUACGCUGCUGCUCAUCCGCCAAUGCCUUACCAAAGCAGCGGAAGGCGGAAUCGAAGCGGACCCAUGGGUCCCCCGCCUAUGGGUCAAUAUAACAAUGGCUUUGCCCCUCCUCCUGGUCCUCCACCACCUCAAGGAUCGUCAGGGCCGUGGACACCGAAUCCGCACGCGCCGAACGGGAACGUUCCUAUGCCGCCGCCGGUACAUAGAAGUAGUGUGCGGUAUACUUUUGACAUCAUCGGCGAACUGUUCUAUGGCCGAGCCUUUGGCUUUUUAGAUGAAGGAAAAGACCAAAACGAUUGGAUCAAGUCGCUCGACAAGAUGAUACCAUUUGUGUGCUUGAUGGGUGUUGCACCUCCACUCUUGAGGCCACUUGUUGGUAUAGGUACCAUGCUUACAGCUGCUGGUCAGGACAUUAGGAAUGGCGUAAAAAACAUUGGCUCCUCUUCCGCACGCCUCAUGAAGGAAGCUUACGCAUCCCGUCAUGAAGUGAAUAGAACAGACAUGGCGCAACAGGUUUUCGACAUCUACGAAAAGAACGGCGAAAAGGUGGAUUUCACUUGGGGUGACGUCGAACAGGAAUCCUACGGUGCACUUUUUGCAGGCAGCGAUACAACUGCUAUCGCCUUCCGAUCGUUGUUCUAUCAUUUGAUGCACAGCCCCAAUACCUAUGCUCGUCUCGAGAAAGAGGUUGACGAGGCUGUCAAGGAAGGCCGCAUGAAUUUGCCGCCGACGUACAAGCAGGCGAGUCAGCUUCCUUAUCUGUGUGCGUGUAUCAAGGAGGCGCUCAGGAUUCACCCUGGAGCACAGCUCUCCCUACCACGAACCGUUCCACGCGGGGGCAUGGAACUCUGCGGACAAUUCGUUCCCGAAGGCUACGUUGUUGGAAUCAAUGCAGCAGUUAUGCAUUUUGACCAGCGAGUCUUCGGCCAGGAUGCCGAUGACUUCAAUCCUGACCGCUGGAUGGAUCCGGUGCGCGCGAACCAAAUGGACAAGUAUAUGAUGUCAUUCGGGGGCGGAACGAGGACCUGUAUAGGGAAGAAUAUUGCACUGCUUGAAUUGCAUAAGCUGUCGCCGCAGUUGGUCUGGAACUAUCGCUUCGAGUUCUAUGAUGCGGGACAGACACGAUGGCAUACAAGAAACACCUUCUUUGCGAGGCAGGAGGGUGUGGUUGUACGGGUACAAGCUCGGAAGCAUCAAUAUAAUUCGGUUAAGCUUCUUGGAAUGGAAUGA